AUGAUAGCGUUAUUAUUAUUAAUUGUAUUUGUUCUUAUAUCGUUUUUAUCAUGGAUAUAUCUCAUAAGAGACUGCAACAACUUUAACUUUCCGGGACCCACGCCCCUACCCCUGGUCGGCAACGGGCAUAUGUUUGUUAUAAAGGCAACAGAAUUACUCCCUCGUCUACAUAGUCUACUAAAAACUUAUGGCGAUGCAGUUCGAGUACACCUAUUUCAUCAGCCAUAUGUGAUUAUAUAUAAUCCUAAACAUAUCGAGGCUGUAUUGACAGAUCCAGAUUUAAUCACGAAAGGCGUCUCUUAUGAUUAUCUUGUUCCUUGGUUGGGAGAUGGCCUUCUUACUUCAACAGGUGAAAAGUGGCGUCUUCAUAGAAAACUAUUAAUUCCAGCAUUCCAUUUUAACCUAUUGCAAAGUUUCCUGCCGGUUUUUCUCAAGAAUCAGAAGAUUCUAGAAGACAAGUUGCGGUGCACAUACAGCGAUGGGAAAGAGUUUGAUUUGUAUCCAAUUGUUGCACAAGUCGCUCUUGAUAAUGCUACUGAAUCCAUCAUGGGAGUAUCCUUCAAUUCUCAACAGGAUCCAAAUUCCAAAUAUGUUAAAAGUGUUGAAACGUUAGAUAGAAUAGUUUCGCUUAGAAUGAGAGAUAUUAUUUACUCCAAAGAAGCUAUAUUUAAUCUGUCACAUCACAAGAAGGCCCACGACGAAGCUAUUAGUGUAGUGCUCGACUUAACAAAGAAAGUAAUAAAUAAAAGACGGAAAGAAUUGCAGAAUCAAAACAUAACCAGCUAUGGCGGUAGGACUGAAUUGGGAAUAAAAAAUAAACACGCAUUUCUUGAUUUGUUACUUCUGUCUGAGAUCAAUGGCAAAAGGAUUGAAGAUGCGGAUCUACAUGAAGAAGUUCAGACAUUUUUGUUCGCGAGUCAAGAUACUACUACAUCUGGCAUAGCAUAUGUAUUAUACUGUUUAUCAAAAGAACAAUCUGUCCAAGAAAAAGUGUUUGAAGAACAGAAAGCUAUCUUUACUGACCUUAAUCAGGAUCCGUCUUAUAGCGAUUUACAGCAGAUGAAAUAUUUAGAGAUGGUUAUCAAGGAAUCCUUACGAUUGUAUCCGCCAGUACCACUGAUAGCAAGAUUAAUAACAAAAGAUGCUGAUAUUGCAGGAUUAAAAAUUAGGAAGGGAAGUACGUUGAUUGUGGAUAUUAUUCAUAUGCAAAGAAACCCCGAUUUUUACGACGAUCCCAUGUCGUUUAUACCUGAGAGAUUUGAUACAUCAGCUUCUAAAACUUCAAGGAAUCCUUUCUCGUGGCUGGUGUUCAGUGCUGGGCACAGGAAUUGCAUGGGUCAAAAAUUUGCCAUGAUGGAAUUAAAAGUAAUAUUGUCAGGAAUAGUGAAAAAAUUUAAAGUAUUGCCCGUUGAUAUGGAACUUCAACUUUGCGCUGACGUAGUACUUAGAUCUGAAAACGGUGUUAACGUUAAACUUUUGCCAAGAAAUGAAUUUUUAAAUAAUUUUUAAUAAAUGUUACUACAUAUGUUUGAAUAAUAAACGUAUUUGG